CCUUCUUGCCUUCCUUUCCUCCCUCUUUCCUCUCGCUUCUCUCCUUCCCUCCCUCCCUCAUCGCUCGUGCACGCACAUACCCGUUCAGGCGGGUAUCUAGGUAACCAUGACAACGGCGGUAGUAGGUGGGCACAGCUGCCUGUGCGCGCGCAGAGCGGCUACGCGCUACUCACAUUUAUUGUUACACAAGCAGCAGCGUCGUCUCGCGCUCACCUUUUGAUCUCCACGCUUUUAUUAUCCCGACUCCACGCGCCGGUUAGCUAAUAUGAAUAACUCAAUGAAUGAGGAGCAGCACGCGCCCCGCUGAGCCAGGUCAAUGCGGGCACGAGGCAAUUAACAGACGUCAUCACGCAGAGAAGAAAUCUGAAGAGGAAGCGGUAAAAACAUCAACGUCAGAAAUGAACGUGCGCGAGGAAAAUGGCUUUUUUGUUUUGCUUGUCAUCAUAUUUUUGAAAAAGUUCAUAAAUAAAUCAAAAGAUAACAGUAAAGAGCUUCAGAACAAACUGUUAAAAGUAAUAAAAGAAAAAGAGGACUUGGUUUGAAAGAUUACAGGUUCAAACUAACAGCUAAUCAGAAGUAACGAAGUAGGACUACUUCACUACUGUACUUAAGUAUUAAAAUGUCAAAUCUGUACUUUAUUGGAGUAUUUUUUUCCCGUACUUCCACUUUUACUUUACUACAUAUUUUUGAUGAGUUGAAUACUUUUACUCCGAUACGUUUUCUAAAAGCGACAUCGUUUCUUAUGUUGGAGUGAAGGAUAAUUCCUAUCGAAUGAAGUGUUUACUCUGCCUUCCGAAAGAAUGCGAAAUAAUGGCCUUUAAAAAUUCCCGUCUAACUUGAAAAAGCAUAUCAAGAGCAAACAUGACUGCCACCUGCAAAGAUAUGAGGAACUCACCUCAGCCAAGAGAAGAACUGGGGUUCCCUCCACCUCCAUCAAGCAGGCCACGUUAGUUCGUACUUGGACUAUGCCUCAGAGAUCCAUUGAUAAGGCCAUUGUUAAGUUUGUGGUCGAAGGACUUCAGCCAUUCAACAUUGUUGAACAAGAAGCAUUCAGAGAAUUUGUGGGAGAACUUGUACCAAAUUGCAGAAUCAUGUCCAGACCAACCCUUACAUCAAUGACUGAUGAUGCUGCUAAACAAAUGAAGGCUGCAGUUAUUGAGGCCAUGAAAAAAGUUGACCAUGUUGCAACCACUACGGGCUGCUGGUCGGCCAGGCGACCAAGCUUUAUUGGGGUCACUGCACAUUGGCUGGAACCUGAUAGUCUAAAGAGAUGCUCAGUAGCCCUGGCCUGUAAACAAUUAAGAGGCUCUCACACAUUCGAUCUAUUAGCAAAUGCGCUAAAUGACAUCCAUGCAGAGUUUGAGAUUCGAGGAAAGAUAGAACAACGACAGACAAUGGCUCCAACUUCAUCAAAGCUUUCAAAGUAUUUGGUGAUGAGGAAAUUAACUGUGCUGAUGCUCCAGUUGAGGAAGAAGAGGAGGAAGAAGAAGCAGCAGACAGAGAGGAGGAUGUAGAGUUUGUUGAUACAUCUUCUCUUUUGGAUCAGGACGAUGGUUUUGAGUUCCCGAAGCACCAUCUUUGUGCAUGCCACAUUCUUAACCUCAUAGCUACUGUUGAUGCCAACAAGGCAGUGUCCAAUGAAGCGUACAAAAAAUUGUACUACUCUGCAUUUGGCAAAUGCACAGCAUUUUGGAAUAAGUGCGGAAGAUCCACAAUCACAGCUGAAAUCGUUGAAGAUGCCUGCUCCCUCCAGCUUGUACGUCCUAUCGUAACAAGAUGGAAUUCUGUGUUCAUGGCUGUGGAUAGACUGCUCAGGAUAGUCCAAGAGAAGGGAGAGGCUGCAAUGAGAGCUGUCUGCACAGAUUUGAAGGUUGCAAUGUUUAAUCCAGCUGAACUUACAUUCCUCACAGAGUAUGCUGCCGUCAUGACUCCAGUUGCCCAAGCAACAAACAUCUUGCAAGCUGAAACUAAUGUCCAGAUGGGGUGGCUGCUCCCAACGGUAAAGUUCCUGACAGUCAAGCUGGACAGGAUCAAGCUGCCGCUUAAGUAUUGCAAGCCUCUUGUGGAUGCCUUGCAGACAGGCAUUCAGAAUCGCUUUGGGCCCAUGAUGGAAGACCCUGAGCUGGUGGCAGCGGCGAUUCUCCUUCCAAAGUUCCGGAGAAAUUGGACACAGGAAGAUGACACAAUCAAAAUGGGAAUGGACUACAUCAAACAACACAUUGCAGAUCCCUCCUUACAGUUCAGUGAGGCCAACAGGUCCAGCUCAUCGGAUGAAGAUGACUUCUUCUCUUCCCUGCAGGGUUCGAAGGCACAAGACGGUGCCAAACAACUAGAUGCUUACUUGUCCUGUUCAGCAGAUAACAUGGACUUGCUAAAAUCCUUUCCAGCUGUCUAUUUAUGA